AUGUACAGUGACGUGAUGGCUUGGUGUGUCGGUUUAGGAACUGUUGGAUGUGUGUGCGCCUCUCGCCGAAUCCUCGCAAAAAGGUCCGCGCAACAUUCCGGCCGGGGCGGUGCGUCCCGCGCCCUCCGCCGUCCCUGCGACGGAUGUGUGUCAGCGGCGCACGUCCGUACGUCUCUCGCUCCUGAACCAGCACAAGCAGUCAACAACGGACUGCGACAGGCGGAGGCGCGUUCUGCCGACUCACCGCCGUGUCUCGCCUUCGGUGCGGCGCGGUGCGAUAUGCUGCUGCCGGACCAGACGUACGAGGGCGCGGAGCGGCGAGGCGCGGGCGCGCUCUUGGUCAUGCUGCGCGCUCACCGCCUGCCACCCGACUUCUUCUGCGCCAAUAGGGCAGCGCAAGAGCGCGCCAACGGCACUACCCCACUCUCCAUUCGAUUAGACAUCGAUGCAGAAGCUAUCAUCUUAAAAAUAUACGCUCAUUUCUCAUAUUCAGCUGAACGUCGUGCGGAAUUGAUGCAGAUAUUUGAAACUACGGAAAUGGAGUGGGUCGAAUUAUUACGUUACGUAAAUACAAGAUUUAUGUCGCUCUGUCCUGCUGUUGAGAGUUUUCAUCAUCAAGGCUUAUUGUUAGCCUGCUUGAAAAGAUACUUUGAUAAGCAAGAAUCAUGUUCGAAAGCCAUUAAAAUGAAUUUUUACUCUGAAGCAGAGGAGACAAAAACUCAAGCCUAG